AUGAGCUGGACCAUCUCCACGCCGCCGCAGGCCGCCGUGCUGGUUUCCUCUGAGGAAGGCGAUUGGUCCACCGGGAUCUGCGACUGCUGCCAAGACAAGAAGCAAUGCUGCUUCGCCUUCUGGUGCUGCCCCUGCUUCGCCUGUCGGACCACCAGGGAGUUCGGCCAGUGCCUCUGCCUCCCCCUGCUGGACGCUCUGGGAUGCAUCCGUCCCAUCGCCAUGUCCAUCAGGGUGUCACUGCGCCAGCGCUACGGCAUCAGAGGCAGCUUCUGUAGCGACUGCUUGUGCUCCACCUUCUGCCUUCCCUGCGUUUGGUGCCAGAUGGCCACAGAGAUGGAGAGGAGGAAACUCCCGACUGUUCUCAGUGACAUCAUCAGCAGAUGACGACGUCAUCAGCAGUCGCCUUUCAUGAAUCAUUUCAACAUCUUUAAUUGAUUUAGUGUCCUCCUGUUUGUCAUGAUUUAUUUAAUUGACUUUGUUUCUGUUUUUAUUUUAAAUCUUU